UCAGUGACUGUCAUUCGUUCAGUUGCUUUCGAUUGUGUCGGACGUGCGUGAGUGACUACUUUUUCUGAUUUUUAGUUUCUGGCUGCUGCCUUUUCUGGAUUCCUACAACGAAAAUAAACACUCAACAAAGUUUUGGGGCAUUUCCGUCUCUGCCUGCCAUUCGCGUCGCGUCGACCACUGCAAUCCUCCGUAGGUCCUUCCAUCUCACUGCAGGAUCACGGUGAAAUUCGCGGCGCGAGUGUAGUGCCAAUCUGGUGGAAAUUACGUCGGGAAGUCUCUGGCUUCAGAUUGGAAGUGUGCUGUUGCUGUAAUUGAUGGGGGAAGUCCCUGCGAAGUGGAUAAGGGCUGUUUGUGAAUUUAUUGUGUGCUGAAUAGAUCAAUAAUUUGCCUGGUUCCGACUGUGAGCGGAUUGUUUAUCCGUGGAAUCGGAAAGUUCCUAUACUAGUGGAGACAAGCGAAAGUCAAGAAAAAGUCUCAGGAGGAGGAGAAGGAAAAUAUUUGGCUCGUGUCACAAGUGGCAUAGAGGAAGUGCUUUGUGAGAGAAAGAAGCUGCUGUGGCAUGGGAAAUUAAAAGAAAAAAAAAAUGACAGCAAUCGUCACGGAAGGUCAGAUCUGAAAAGAGCUCUCGAAUAAAAGUUACAGGAAGUCAAAAUUUUGGGGGGCUAUUGUGGGAAUCAGUGCUUGAAGGUUUCUAUCGCGGAAGAAAGCAUCCAGAAAAGAGCACUACACAAUGGAUCCAUCAAAGGAGACAGAAAUGGAUGAAAACACCGAGCUGGAUCCGAGAAUUCAGAUCGAGCUAGAAAAUCUCAACACAGCAACGGAUGAUAUUAACAAGCUGGAGAUCGAGCUGGAGGAAGCAAAAUCAACCUUUCGGAUUCUGAUGAAUGAAUCCACCCGGCGGCUGAAGCUAUCGUCCAAGAAACUGGGCAGCUGCAUCGACAAGGCGCGGCCAUAUUAUGAGGCAUUGGAAAAGGCCAAAGCGGCCCAGCUGGAAUGUCAGGCGGCUGCGAUCAAGUACCAGCGGGCAAACGAGAUCCAUGCGGCAGCGAAGGAAACGGUGGCGCUGGCCGAGCAGCGGUUCAUGAGCAACUCCCACGAGUGGCAGUUCGAUAACGCCUGGCAGGAGAUGCUGAAUCACGCCACGAUAAAGGUGAUGGACGCCGAAAAGCAAAAGGCAGAGAGCGGAGCCGAACAUCAGAAGAAGGCAAAAGUAUUCCAGGAAGCAGAACUGAAAGUACAACACUUGGAGGAGCGAAACCGGCGUAGUAUACAGAAAUCGAGGCCAUACUUUGAGGAGAAACAACUGUGCCAGGAACAGUUGGAAGCACAGAAGGGACGUAUCCAGCAGCUAGAGGAUCAGAUUGUUGCAGCGAAAAGUGCCUACGGAACGGCGUUGCGAAAUUUAGAGCAAAUCAGUGAGGAGAUCCACAAGCAGCGGGGUGACUUGAGUCUGGCAGCUCCGUCCGGGCCUCGCGAGCCUGGCGUGGGUGCAGAAUUAUCCAACCUCCCUCCGUCGACGAGCUCGAUGAAGCUUAGCUCACCCGGUGCCAGCAGUUGCAGUAACUACCACAACUUCAGCAGUAAUAUGCCAGACAUAUCGACUGAGCUGGACAAGUGCGAGAUCCACUCGGUGGGAAGUACUUCGUUGGCAACUAGUUCCGCUGUCAGUGAGAAGGACCCUACUGACGAUGACUAUAUGAACGACGCAGAUCUGAAUCUGGAAUUGCUCCGCCAGAAAGUGAAAACACUAGCCGUCCGUCCAGUGGAAGGUGGCGAUGGCCAGCAGCAAGAGCAGGAUGUCUGGGAGCACGAGCUGAAUGCUACCGUCGACAAACUGGACCACCUUAUGAUGCUGCGCGAGUGCUCUGCCAAUAGCUUGAGUGGAUCAUCGCUGGUCGACAGCAAUCAAGCUAACAACUAUGCCAGCCUGCCAACCACCCCGAAACAUCACCAGCAGCUUUCUCCGGUGCUGGCGGAGAAGCAAAAAAUUAAAAUGUUCAAAAAACUGGAUCCUCUUCCGCUUGCCAACGUUUCAAUGUAUGCGCUUCCAACUUAUCUAAGCAGUAGCGGUAGUGGGAUGACUCCUGCUCGCACGGGUAUUCCUUCAGUUCCUAUGGGACACAAUGAUCUAGUGACGCCUCGUAACGAGACCGUAGCUCCCGUUAUUGGGCUAAAGAGCAAACGGAAAAUGUCCAUGUAAAAUUAAUGGUAACUAAAUUAUUUGUUAAGCAAAUCUUCGACUGACAACAUGCAAGGACGGGGAUUAACUUUUGGUUAAAUCCUAUCCAGAUUCUCUGGAGAAGGCACGGUUCCCCGGCUAAUAUGGUCGUGACACACUAACAUUAACGUUAUUUUUUAACAAUAUUAUAAGUCCAUUCGCUCCGCGCUUUUUCGUAUAUUUUGUUCAUUUUCUACGUUUUACUAGAAAUAACGAAAUGAAAUGAGGUAGUGACGAAAUUCGAAAGACAUAUAAAGAAAGAUGGCAAACAUGAUGAUAUGUUGCCUCUGUUUUGAACUAUUUGCUCACUACGGGCUUUUGUACAUACUUACGUGAAAUAUUAUUUUUAGUAAUGUGAUAUAUAUGUAUCUUUCAAACAAUUGGCAUUUAUAUACUUGAGUUGCACCUUUCACAAUCUUACUGAUUGUUUCAAUAUAUUCAUUCUAAUUUUUCUAUAUAUCUUGCAAAUUGUAUUCGGCUCUCGACACAGUUACCUUAGGAAGCAAUCUACUGCUAGACUAAAUAUGAAAAUUGAUACACUUUGUUCAGUACAAACUCGAAACGUAUACCUACUUAAAGUAUACAAGCGGUAGUAACAUUGCAACAGAAAAUACAUAAUAGUAAAUUGUAAUGAUUACAGAGUGAAUUCUAUAUUUUCACCACAACCUGGUUUUAGCAAAAAUAAAAGUUCUUUAGAAAAUGAACCGUAGGGUAAAACAGUGUACUGUUUUGAUAGCCAACACAAUCGAAAGACAUACAAUUGUAGGUGUGCUUUCGUCCGCUACACAUAACCAAUGAAAAUCGAAAGCAGUGAAAAGGCUUCAGCCGAAAUGAAGUAAAGCUUUAUUACUAUUACAUCAAGAUAGAAGAAACAUUGAUCACACAACUUACAUUUAGUAUUCAAAAGAAUAAGUUUAAUCCCAGCCACUCGCCUUCAAUUUUCGAUUGAUUUCAAAGAUGAAAUCCACCCGAUUUAUGUAUUGUUGGUACAUUAUCAAGAAGACAAGAGUUUUAUGAGUGCAGUAUCAUAGAAGAAAAUAUAUCGUUUUUAUUUUGUUGAACAUGAGAGAACUAAAACGAAGAGUUGAAAUGGUUUGAUACGUUUAACAGACUUUAAAGUAGCAUAAGGUAAAACUUUUAAAGGUGAAAAUUUACGGUUUGAUUUUAUGCAAGAAACCUGUCUGUCAAGUUUAUUGACAGCGGAUUUAGGGAUGUUGAGAAACAAAAUCUUCUUCAAGUUGGUCAACCUACUUUGGCACUUCUCUGGUUCACUUUGGCAGGGUGGUUUUGAUAGGUCUGAAACUUAGCCAUAAGAUACAUUUGUGUAUAUAUAAUCUUGUGAGGGAUUGUUGACUGUAAAGCUUAAAAACCAUGCCAAAGAUAAUCAAGAUAGCCCGAGAAUAAGACAUGUUUCUCAAUGCUUGAAGAAGAUUUUCCUCUGAAAAUCAGUGAAAAUUUGAACCCUGUAUGGUAUGGUUUAUCGAAAAUUUGAUACACCCGUCUAUAAACAUGAAAUAAAAACUAUAUUAAUGCGUAA